UUCUUGCAGACUGCUGGACUGUAUCAUGAAGAUGUCACUCUAUUCACCAUGCAUGACUUAGUGCAUGAUAUAGCAAGAUUGGUAAUGGUCGAUGAAAUUUUACUAGAUAACAAACAAGACAACUCUGGUGGAAUCAGUUACCAUUAUGCACUGCUCAGUAAUUGCUUCAAGCCAUUGGAGUCAUCCACAGGUUACCUAGCAAAGAUACGGGCUUUGUGCUUUACGAACUGUAGGGAAUUCCGUCUUAGUGAUGGUGCAUUUUCUUCUGGCAAGUCUUUGCGUGUCUUGGAUUUGAGUGAUUGCUCUAUACAAAAGUUACCAGAUUAUAUUGGUCAAUUGAAGCAGCUGAGGUAUCUUAAUGCCCCUGGGAUCCAAUAUCAAACGAUCCUUAAUUGCAUCAGCAAGCUCAUAAAAUUAAUGUACCUCAGCCUUCGUGGGUCUUAUGAAAUCGUGGCACUGCCAGAGUCAAAUUGUUCAGGAAUACGAGAACUGCCCGAGUCGUUUGGCAAGCUUAAUAAACUGGUGCAUCUCGAUUUCUCAAAUUGCUCUUGUACCCGAAGUUUAUCACAGUGCCUGGGGUUUCUAACGGAACUGCAUCAAUUUGAACCUAUCUAGCAGCAGGGUUCACUCUAUCGGUCCAGGUGUUUCUAUCGGUGGUCACCGAAAUCCCUAAAUUUCGGAAAUUUCGGUCCGAAAUUUCUGAAAUUUUGAACAAAAUUUAGUUGAAUUUGAACAAAUAUUAUCCAAAUUCAUGAAAAAAUUGAAAAAUUCAAAAAUUUCGGCCGAAUUGAUAUCGUAUCGGGGGUCACCGAAAUGAUUUCGGAAAUUUCGGUCCGAAAUUUCCAACCCUGUCUAGCAGUUCAGAUCUGAAACUACCAGAUGUGGAGUUUCUUGGCAACCUCACCAAACUGGAAUAUUUGAACCUUUCAUGCAAUUCAAAUCUAUCUCUACCUAGCGUGGAAUUUUUUGGCAUCCUCACCAAACUUAAAUAUUUGAACUUAUCAUCACAGCAAUCCGAUCUCCAUAGUCUGCCGGAAGAUUUGGGUAGCCUCAUGGAACUCAAGUACUUGAGCUUAUCAGGUUCUGAUAAGAUAGUAGAAUUACCAAGGUCUUUUCAGAAGCUAAAAAAUUUGGUGCAUCUGGAUUUAUCAUGUUGUAGUUCAUUGUUAGGUAUACCUCAAGCUUUACAUGGCCUAGCCAAACUCGAAUAUUUGAAUUUGUCACUGCAGAAUGGAGAAAUCCAUCAAGAUAAGUUACCUCUCAUAGGGUUGCCAGAAGUCAUUGGCAGUCUAACAAAUCUGAAAUACUUGAAUUUAGCACGGUGCAUGGAUUAUGUCUUUGGCAGCCCAUCAACAGAUCAAACUGACAGUUUCAUUGGUAGCAUCAGCACUUUUUCCAAUCUAGAACAUCUGGACUUGUCUAAGAAUAAAAUUCUCUGUAGUAUACCUGAAAGUAUUGGCAGCCUGAGGAUGCUACAUACCUUGAACCUUUCAGGUUCCAGCAUGCUAGCAAGGCUUCCAGAAUGUUUGACUAAAAAGGAAAGUCUGAAGGUUCUAAAUGUGAUGGGCUGCAAAUUGUUUGAGGCCAAGCUUCCUCAAUCCAACUUCCUCUUCACAUUGCCCCACUUUGUGGUGCACACCGGUGAAGGUCAAUCUAGCAGCAAUCUUCCUCUCCUUGAACAUGCAAUUCUUGAUGAAUUUUUGGAGCUCAGUAGGCUUGA